AUGGCACCAGAAGAAUCACAAAUGGAUACAUUUCUCCAAGAUGCUUGGGACUACAAAAGCUGUCCUGCUAGCAGAUCCACCACUGGAGGCUGGACCGGCGCCGCCUUGAUUCUAGGGGUUGAAACAUGUGAAAGACUGACUACAGUGGGCAUUGCUGUUAAUUUGGUGACUUACUUAACCAGAACCAUGCAUUUAGGUAAUGCUAUCUCCGCCAACAUUGUCACCAACUUUCUUGGAACCUCCUACAUACUCUGUUUGCUCGGCGGGUUUGUUGCUGAUACUUUCUUUGGAAGGUACCUGAACAUUGCAAUAUUUGCCACAGUCCAAGGAAUUGGUGUGACAAUUUUAUCAAUCUCAACUAUAAUCCCUAGCCUUCGCCCAACAAAAUGCGAAAUUGGUGAACCAUCAUGUAUUGCAGCAAGCGGUAUGCAACUGGCAGUCUUAUACACAGCCCUAUACCUCACUGCACUAGGCACCGGUGGUUUGAAAUCAAGUGUUUCGGGGUUUGGCUCAGAUCAAUUCGAUGAGACGGAUAAAGAAGAAAGAACCCUGAUGACCAAUUUCUUCAGCUGGUUCUUUUUCUUUAUAAACAUCGGAUCACUUGCAGCUGUGACCGUAUUUGUUUACAUCCAAGAUAAACUAGGGAGGCCUUGGGGUUAUGGAUUAUGUGCUUGUGCAAUAGUCAUUGGCCUUUUAGUGUUUUUAUCAGGUACUAAAAGAUACAGGUUCAAGAAACUCACGGGAAGCCCUCUCACACAGAUUGCCUGUGUAUGUGUUGGUGCUUGGAGGAAGAGACAUAUGGAAAUACCAUUGGAUUUGUCGCGUUUACAUAACGGUGAUGACAUCGAAAAUGAAGAUGGUGAGAAAGAAACCAAGCCCAAGCUACCACAUAGCAAGCAGUUCUUGUUCUUGGACAGGGCAGCUCUCAUUGAUAACAAAGAUGAAAGUUCUGGUAGCAAAAUUCAUGUCAUGAGUAAAUGGUACCUUUCAAGUUUAACAGAUGUUGAAGAAGUGAAGCAAGUGAUUAAAAUGUUACCAAUAUGGGCAACUACAAUCAUGUUCUGGACAAUUUACGCACAAAUGACCACAUUUUCAGUGUCACAGGCUACCACCAUGAACCGUCAGAUCGGAAAAUCUUUCGAAAUUCCAGCAGCCUCCUUGUCUGCUUUUACUGUUGGUAGCAUCCUCAUAACUGUCCCGGUCUAUGAUGCUUUCAUCACGCCAGUGGCUCGAAAAAUACUAAAGAAUCCCCAAGGCGUCACACCAUUGCAGCGUAUCGGAGUAGGACUUGUUCUAUCAAUAUUAGCAAUGGUGGUGGCAGCAUUAACUGAAAUUAAGAGACUAAAUGUUGCUAAAUCGCAUGAUUUAGUUGAUGAUCCGGCUGCCAUUCUUCCCAUGAGUGUUUUCUGGUUAAUUCCGCAGUUUUUCCUUACUGGAUCUGGGGAGGCAUUCAUGUAUACGGGACAGCUUGAUUUUUUCCUAAGGGAGUGUCCUAAAGGAAUGAAGACUAUAAGCACGGGGCUGUUUUUGAGUACACUAUCAUUAGGGUCUUUCUUGAGCUCCAUUUUAGUUACCAUAGUUCACAUGGUUACUGGAGCUAAUAAGCCUUGGCUAGCUAAUAAUCUUAACCAAGGGAAGCUUUAUAACUUCUAUUGGUUGCUGGCAAUAAUGAAUGUUUUCAACCUGGGUAUAUACCUGCUUUGUGCUAAAUGGUACAAGUACAACGACCGAAGUCUAACUGAGGGAAUUGUAGCGGAAGAUACAGAAACUUGCCAUGCAUGAGGAAUUUCAUG